AUGGCGGGCGCGGCGGAACAUAGUAAAUUCAGGAUCGACAUGCGCCACGAACUGGCGAGACGGAUGCAGGACGCCGUGGGAUACGAACUGGCGGACGCAGAUGCAGGACGAGGUGGAGCAGAGUCAAGGGUACGAGAGGGUCUGACCCCUUUAUUUCCACCCGUUCCCCUCUCGCCCCUAUCCUUGCACUCCAGGAGCGGCACCAAGAGCUGGCGACGCAGAUGCAGGACGAGGGCGAGCAGAGUGGAGGGUACGACAGAGUAUGACGCGCUUCUUUCUAUCCAUUCUCCCCUCCUCGCCCCUCUCCUCGCACCUCAGGAGCGGCACUACGAGCUGGCGGUGCAGAUGCAGGACGAGGUGGAGCAGCAGCGCUCCUCCACGCAGCUCGGGCGGGCCUAUUUCGACUCCUUCACCUCUGGCGGGGACGCCGCCGCCGCCGCCGGCGCCGACAUCGAAGCCGCGCUGGAGCAGCAAGCCGCGUCGAUGCAGACGCUGAAAUCCGCGCGCAAGUAUUUCCAGCUCUCGCUGCGGCUGGCGAAGGGUCUACACGAGGGGUGGGAGGGGAUCGGCGGAGCAGGCGCGCGCGCGGGCGGGAAUGGGAGGGCGAGAGGGGUCCGCGCGGGCAGGAGCGGCGGCGGAAGUGGGGGGAGGUCGUCGGGGGGGAAUCGGCGGUUCGCGCAAGAGCUGGCGGAUGCGUAUAACAACGUGGGGCUGCUGUUUGAGGAGGUGGAAAGCUACGAUGAGGCGGUUAACUGUUUCGAUCGCGGGCUGGAGGUGGGUGUUGGGAGGAGGCCCUCUGACUUUGCCUCUCCUAGCAUAGCGGGUGGGAUGGGAAUUGGGGAGGAAGCGCACGAGUUUAAGGUAUAUCAAAACUCCAUCCCUCUUCCCGCCAUUCUCAAUGGUCAUCCUCUCCCCAACAUCCCUUCCCCACCCCCCCGCACGGCCGGUUCCCCCUACGCGCACCCCUCCAGGUGUGCGACGACGAGGAGAUUGGGUCAAUCGAUGAGACGAGACGCGGGCACGGCUGCACAACUCCCUGGGGCGAGUGUUCUGUUCACCAAGUCGUGCCAAUCGCUUUCGGGUCGACUCAAAGCCCCCACCCCCACCACUUCCCUCCCACGCGCAUCCCUCCAGGUGUGCGACGAUGAGGAGAUAGGGUCAAUCGAUGAGACACGCACGCGGCUGCACAACUCCCUGGGGCGAGUGUUCACCAAGUCGUGCCAGUGGGAGCAGGCGCGGAAGCACAUUGACAUGGAUGUGCGGAUUUGUGAGCGGCUAAACAAUGCCGUGGGGUGCGCCAAGGCGUGGAUCAACAAGGGCGACUUUUGCUUCAAGAAGGAGGAAUACGACGAGGCGGAGAGGGCCUUUAGGCGGGCGAGGGACAUAUUGCAGCAGGUAGAGGACGAGGAGGCGUUAUUGGCGACGUGUGAGAGCAAUCUGGAGAACGUGGCAGAGGCCAAGAGGCAGAAGGAGUAUUGCGAGCAGCUGUGGGGGCAGCACCGCAAGACACAGCGGCUGCUGGAGCGAGCAGGGUAA